CUCUUAGCUCUGACGAGCGAGGUGAUACUUCAUAACCUCAAAAAGAGUUUGCUGUCAGAGAUGUUUGACUUUCCGUAGAAGAUUUUUAUUAGGUAAAAAUUAGUGGCAUUAAUUGCAAUCUAGUGUCACAAAUAGAAUAUAUUCUGUCUAAUGGUGCAUCCUAGAUUCCCAGGAAGUAUUCACAAUGUUGAAGGGCAAAGGGGAUCAGCAGACAUUCGACGGCUCAUGGCCAGAGAUGCGUCCCAUAAUACUGAAAGUGUUGAAGCAAGAAGCUGUGACGCAUCAUGAAUGGCAGGACAUCUUCUAUCUGAUCCAUUUGGUGUGCCUGUGGGAUGAGAAGGGUGCCACAAAGAUCUAUGAAUGCCUUCAGGAGGAUAUUGUUGCAUUUAUCAAGCAGGCCCAGACAAGGGUACUGGCACACAGGGAGGAACAGGCACUCCUCAAGGCCUACAUUGUUGAAUGGAGAAAAUUCUUUACACAGAGUGAAUACCUUCCCAUGCCAUUUCGUACGCUAGAGAGUGUGCUGCAGGGCAAGAGUUCAUCAUCUAAUCACAAUUCGGGUAGUGGAUCACAGAAAAAAUCCACCAUUGAUGACAGCAUUGUGCGCAAAUUGAUGUUGGAUUCGUGGAAUCAGAGCAUUUUUAUCAAUAUCAAGCAUCGCCUUCAGGAUUCAGCCAUGAAGCUGGUACAUGCUGAACGCAAUGGAGAUGCCUUUGAUUCACAAUUGGUGAUUGGGGUGCGCGAAAGCUAUGUGAAUCUCUGCAGUAAUCCUGAGGAUCAAUUGGAGAUCUACAGGGAUAACUUUGAGGCAGCUUAUCUGCAGGCCACAACAACCUUCUACACCCUGAAGGCCAGUGAGCAACUGCAGGCCAAUGGGGUGCAGAGCUUCAUGCGAUAUGCCGACACUAAGUUGCGCGAAGAAGAAGCCCGGGCAAAGAGGUAUCUGGAACCGAGUAGCUUCAAUGCUCUGACACAGUGUUGCGUCUCUGUGUUGAUUUGUGAUCAUCUGCCAACACUCCUGGCUGAGUGUGCGCCCCUGAUCAAGGCCGGUGAGACGGAGCGGCUACAGCUGAUGUUUAGGCUGCUGGACAGGGUGACGGGUGGUGUGGAACCGAUGUUGCGUGAUCUGGAGAGUCAUAUUGUGUCUGCUGGCUUGGCAGAUAUGGUAGCGGCAGCUGAUAUCAUCACGCAGGAUUCGGAGAAGUAUGUAGAGCGCCUAUUGGAGCUCUUUAGGCGCUUCAGUACACUCGUACGGGAUGCCGUCAAUGAUGAUCCUCGCUUCCUAACGGCACGUGACAAAGCCUUCAAGACCGUGGUAAAUGACACGACAGUAUUUAAACUGGAACUGCCCACAGCCACAACGGCACGUGGCACCAAAGUCACAACGCCCGAGAGCAAGUGUCCAGAGCUCCUGGCAAACUAUUGUGAUAUGCUGCUGCGUCGGACGCCACUGAGUAAGCGUCUAACGAGUGAUCAGAUCGAAUCUCGCCUCAGGGAUGUCCUGCUUGUGCUCAAAUAUGUCAGCAAUAAGGAUGUUUUUAUGCGAUACCACAAGGCCCAUCUAACACGGCGUCUCAUCCUGGACUCCAGUGCAGAUAGUGAAAAGGAGGAGGAUAUGGUGGAGUGGUUGCGUGAAGUGGGAAUGCCAGCGGAUUAUGUCAAUAAAUUAGCACGCAUGUUUCAAGACAUCAAGGUCAGUGAGGAUCUCAAUGCUCAAUUUAGAUCAUCCACCACACGUCACGAUGCCAUCAAUAUCAAAAUCCUCAAUGCUGGUGCCUGGGCCAGGGGUUCAGAGAGGGUAUCUGUGAGUCUUCCUGUAGAACUGGAAGACUACAUUCCCGAGGUGGAGGAGUUCUACAAGAAGAAACAUUCCGGACGGAAGCUUCAGUGGUACCAUCAUAUGAGCAAUGGUACCAUCACCUUUGCCAAUGAUGUGGGACGCUUUGAUCUGGACGUGACGACUUUUCAGAUGGCUGUCCUCUUUGCAUGGAAUCAGCGUCCACUUGAGAAGGUGUCCUAUGAAAACUUGAGAUUAGCCACGGAACUUCCAGAUCCGGAACUCAGACGUACUCUGUGGUCGUUGGUAGCUUUUCCCAAGCUUAAACGCCAGUUGCUCCUCCAUGAGCCGGCUGUGACUGCGCCCAAAGACUUCAUUGAAAAUACUCUGUUCUGGGUAAAUCAGGAAUUUGCUCUGAUAAAGAACAAUCGGCCACAGCGUCGAGGAAAGAUUAACAUGAUUGGUCGUCUCCAGUUGAGUACAGAGAGGUCUCAGCAGGAGGACAAUCAAUCCAUAGUGCAAUUGCGAAUAUUGCGCACGCAGGAAGCAAUUAUAAAGAUAAUGAAGAUGAGAAAGAGACUCAAUAAUGCAGCUCUCCAGGCGGAACUCAUUGAUAUUCUCAAGAAUAUGUUUCUACCGUCAAAGAAGAUGAUUAAGGAGCAACUUGAGUGGUUGAUUGAGCACAAGUACAUGCGACGGGAUGACGAUGACAUCAAUACGUUCAUCUAUAUGGCCUAGAUUUGAAGAAAAAAAAAGAACAGGUCUCCCUCCUACUCAAAUUGUUUUGAUCCAAAAUUUUCGGGGGCGAUAUAGGAGGACAAUCUUAUCAGUUCAUCCAAUCCUGAUUUCAAUCUCCUCUCUCUAGCAGUUAUUUGAUGAAAAAAAAUGCUCUUAUUCUUUCAAUAUUCUUAGCAUUAAUCUUUGCUUCUGGAUAAUGUGCAGCAGCGUUGCAAAGAAGUAAUAGGCUUUUCUAUUCGCCCCGUGGCAAUUUUCUUUUUUUUUCUUCAAGUUCUCCCUCCCUCGUAACACAAACAAUUAUUAUAAUACAAUUUAAUUGUAAAUAUUGUAAUGCAGUUGGACAAUUUUAAAAUCUAGAUAUCUAGAACUUUGAAGGUGUAAUAAAAUUGCGUAAUUUGAAAA